AUGUCGUAUUUUGUGGAACAUGGAUUGCGUGUGAACUUGGGUCUGCCGAAGUGGCUUGGCAACUGCUUGGUGGAGCAGGGCCCAUUUCAAAGACUCAUUUCUUGGCUUUCUCCUUUGGCUUUGCCAAUGGAAGUGCCUUUCUUUUGGUUUUGGACUCAUCUUCCUCCACACCUUCGAUACUUCAUCCUGAUGGUGCCCUGGCACUUCUGGGUGCUUUUCCACAAAGUGCUUCCGGGCGUUCUGGUGCGGAGGGGCAUGGUGGAUGAGCUGUCGAUAGAAGCACACGCCCUGGGGAACAUUCUUUACUGGGUUCGCCUGAUUCCAGUCACAAAGAGGCGGAUGCGUUUCAGCUUGAAUCAGCUGGACAGUAGCUGCCCACCUUCCUUGACUUUGAAGCGAGAAGCAAUUGACCUACCUGCCCGUGGAGUACGAGGUGUCUACUUGCACACGGGUGGAGAGAAUGCAGGGGUCAUCUAUUGGAUUUUUGGUGGUGCCUUUGUGGGAGGUAGCAUCAAGGGAAGCAUGGGCUUUGCAGAACAAUAUGGCCGCCGGACUGGCUGCGACGUUUUCAUGAUCGAUAUGCGCUUGUAUCCAGAGAAUGGCAUCCAGGAUGCAAUCAUUGAUGCCUGCCGCGGCUAUGAAUGGUUGUUGACUCGGACACCAGCGAAGAAAGUCCUGGUUUACGGUUUGUCUUCUGGCGGAGGAAUUGGUCUGAAGCUUCUCCAGUUGGCUGCAUCAACAGAAGAUCGGGCGACAUUCUUCCACGCCCCUUCUCAGAAGACUCCACAGCCGGCCGGAGCAAUUCUGUGUGGUGCAUGGAUUCGUUACACAACACCAACAUAUAGUAUGAAGGAGUUUACGGUUGUUGACUGGGUCGUCACUCAGCGCGUUUUCGAGUUCAUCUACCCCAAGCUCGGUGAUAUGUGUGGAGGUGAUGAACUUCGAAGUAAAGUCUCUCCCAUCUGCAAUGAGAUGCACGGUUUGUGCCCUUUGUACAUCUCUGUCUCAAAGCAUGAAGUCUGUGUCGAUGAGAACCAUGAGCUGGUCCAAAAGGCCAAGAAGGCCAACGUGGAGGUGGAGUGGGAUGAGGUUCCAUAUAUGCCACACGCCUUCCAGUGGUGCACUGCAUUCCUGCCAGAAGCUCGAGAAGCCGACAAUCGAAUAGUGCAAUGGAUGCUUCGCAAACUAUCCAACGGUGACAAAAAUUGA